GAACAAUUAGUCUUGGCGCGAAUCUUCGCGGUGCUCGUUCGUAUGACUAAAGUACUUGGAUUCUUCAAAUUUUUCAGCAGAAGCAUGGUGGCCGACGCGACGUCGACUUGUCAAGUGCUGUCAGGCACGCAGGUUGCCAAAUCGAUCCGAGAAUCGCUGGCGAAAGAUGUCCAAAGAGUCCAAAAAGAUUUUCCAUCUUACCUGCCGGGCCUGGCAAUCGUCCAGGUCGGUGGUCGGGAGGAUUCCAAUGUCUACAUUCGCAUGAAGAUCAAGGCUGCCACCGAGAUCGGCAUCAAGGCUACGCACGUCAAGCUGCCCAACACGACGACCGAGCACGAGCUGCUCAGCGCCCUGGACAAGCUCAACAAUGAUCCGAACACCCACGGUAUCAUCGUGCAAAUGCCCCUGGACAGCGUCAACAAAAUCGAUUCGCACCUCGUCACUGACUUUGUUUCGCCGGCUAAAGAUGUCGACGGAUUAAACACUAUCAACGAGGGACGAGUUGCUAUUGGCGACAUGACCGGCUUUUUGCCGUGCACCCCAAACGGCUGCAUGGAGCUGAUUAAACAAUCUGGUGUGACUAUCCAAGGAGCUACGGCUGUUGUACUGGGCAGAAGUAAAAUUGUCGGAACACCUGUUGCUGAACUGCUCAAGUGGCAUAACGCUACAGUGACAGUCUGCCAUUCCAGGACCAAAGAUUUACCUAAAGUUGUAGCAACAGCUGAUAUUUUGGUCGUCGGAAUCGGACAACCAGAGCUGGUCAAGGGAUCGUGGAUUAAACCCGGCGCGGUCGUGAUCGAUUGCGGUAUCAAUGCUAUCCCAGAUCCGACGAAAAAAUCGGGCCAGCGUCUAGUCGGUGACGUGGCCUACGACGAGGCGUUCCAGGUAGCCUCGUACAUCACACCGGUGCCCGGUGGCGUCGGACCGAUGACCGUCGCCAUGCUGAUGAAGAACACGGUGCUGUCGGCCCAGCGGCAGGCGGAGCGCCUCAUGUCCACCGAGUGGAGCGGCAUGCGCCUGCUGAAUCUGAAGAUCGAGAGGCCGGUGCCGAGCGACAUCGCGAUAUCGCGCGCCCACGAGCCCAAGCCCAUCACUCUGCUGGCCGAGGAGAUCGGCCUGCUGCAGAACGAGUUCAGCCCGUACGGCAGCAAGAAGGCCAAGGUCAAUCUGAACGUGCUCAAGCGGCUGGCAAACCAGCAGAACGGCAAGUACGUCGUCGUGGCCGGGAUCACGCCGACGCCCCUCGGCGAGGGCAAGAGCACGACCACCCUCGGGCUCAUUCAAGCCCUGACCGGACACAGACGCACCAAUUCCAUCGGUACGCUGAGGCAGCCCAGCCAAGGACCGACAUUCGGCGUCAAAGGAGGCGCCGCCGGUGGUGGCUACGCGCAGGUUAUUCCCAUGGAAGAAUUCAAUCUUCACUUGACGGGCGACAUACACGCGGUAACCGCGGCCAACAAUCUGAUGGCUGCCCAAAUCGACGCGAGAUACUUCCACGAAGAGACCCAAUCGGACAAGGCUCUCUUCGACAGACUCGUGCCCACCGUCAAAGGAGUACGCAAAUUCUCCAAAAUCCAGCUCAGACGCUUGGCCAAACUGGGCAUCGACAAAACCGAUCCCAACAGCUUGAGUCCCGAGGAGCAGAGAAGAUUCGCCAGACUCGACAUCGAUCCCAAAAACAUUCCAUUCACCAGAGUCGUCGACAUCAAUGAUCGUUACCUGCGCAAAAUAACGAUCGGCCAGAGCUCGACGGAAAAGGGCCUGACGCGAGAAUCGUCCUUCAAGAUUUCCGUUGGAUCGGAGGUCAUGGCCAUUCUCGCCCUCGCUACCGAUGUCGAGGACAUGAAGCGGCGUCUCGGCAACAUGGUCGUUGCCUUCAGCAAAAGUGGAGAACCACUCACAGCUGACGAUUUCGGCAUGACCGGAGCCAUGUCGAUCUUGAUGAAGGACGCCAUCGAGCCGACCCUCAUGCAGAGUCUCGAGGGCACCCCGGUGCUGGUUCACGCCGGUCCAUUCGCCAAUAUAGCUCACGGCUGCUCCUCGGUGCUCGCCGACGCUAUAGCCCUGAAACUGGUCGGGCCGAAGGGCGUGGUCGUCACCGAGGCGGGUUUCGGCUCCGAUAUCGGCAUGGAGAAAUUCUUCGACAUCAAGUGCCGCACAUCGGGCCUGAAACCCGACGCCGUCGUCCUCGUCGCGACGAUUCGCGCCCUCAAGAUGCACGGCGGUGGGCCGCCCGUCACGCCCGGAUCGCCCUUGAAGAAGGAGUACGUCGAGGAGAACGUCGAGCUCAUCAGAAACGGCCUGCCCAACUUGAUCAAGCACAUCAGCAACGGCGUCAAGUUCGGCGUGCCCGUCGUGGUGGCCAUAAAUGCGCACUCGACCGAUACACCGGCGGAACUGGAACUCGUCAAGGAGGCCGCGAUCGCCAACGGAGCCACCUCGGCCGUCGUCUGCACUCACUGGGCCGACGGUGGCAGAGGCGCACUGGAUCUGGCCGACGCCGUGAUAAACGUUACCGCUCAGCCGAGCGACUUCCACUUCCUUUACGAACUGGAUCUCAGUAUCGAGGACAAGAUCACCAAGAUCGCUAGAGAGAUGUACGGCGCUGGAGAGGUGGAGUUGGCCGACAAGGUCAAACAGAAAAUCGAGGAAUACAACAGACUCGGCUACAACCGAUUACCUCUGUGCAUGGCCAAGACUUCCAACUCGUUGACCGGCGAUCCGAACGUGAAAAAUGCGCCAACUGGCUUUAAAUUGAAUAUCACCGACAUCUUCGUCUCGGUAGGCGCUGGAUUCGUCGUACCGAUGGUUGGAGAGAUUAUGAUGAUGCCUGGAUUACCUACGAGACCGGCCAUUUAUGACAUGGACUGGAAUAGUGAAACGGACGAGAUUGAAGGUCUUUUUUAAAAAAACUAUGAAAAAAUGUUGAUAUUGACAAGGCAAUCCUUUUUCCAUUAUAAAAUGUGUUGUAAUAUAAUGAUAAAUUUUAGAAAACUCAUAACUUUUACUACUUUUAUGAUAAUUUUGUAUUUAAUUUCGUUGCAAGAUAAAUAUUAUUUAUUGUAAUAACUAUGGUAUUUUUAAUUACUUACUAAUCGAUAUUU